UGUUUCUUCUACCCUAACAUAGCUCCUCCAGACCAUAACCGAACCAUCAUCAUCAUUCAUCAUCAUCUCUUGGUGACAGAAGAGAAGCGUUGAGGAACAGAGAAAAAAAUGGCAGCACAAGCACUUGUGUCUUCUUCACUUACCUCCUCUGUUCAGACAGCUAGACAGAUUUUUGGCUCAAAACCAGCUGUGUCUGCCUCACAGAAGAAGAGCUCCUUUGUUGUUAAGGCUGCUUCAACUCCACCUGUCAAGCAAGGAGCAAACAGACCAUUGUGGUUUGCAUCAUCGCAGAGUCUCACUUACUUGGAUGGCAGCUUACCUGGUGACUAUGGAUUCGACCCACUUGGUCUCUCAGACCCAGAGGGAACCGGAGGAUUCAUUGAGCCGAGAUGGCUAGCAUACGGAGAGAUCAUCAACGGACGGUUCGCCAUGUUGGGUGCAGCUGGAGCUAUUGCUCCUGAGAUUCUAGGAAAGGCUGGUCUGAUUCCCGCAGAGACAGCUCUUCCCUGGUUCCAAACCGGUGUGAUUCCACCUGCAGGGACAUACAGCUACUGGGCAGACAAUUACACACUCUUUGUUCUCGAGAUGGCUCUGAUGGGAUUUGCUGAGCACAGGAGGUUACAGGACUGGUACAACCCAGGAUCUAUGGGGAAACAGUACUUCUUGGGGUUAGAGAAGGGAUUGGCCGGUUCAGGUGACCCCUCAUACCCCGGUGGACCUUUCUUCAACCCUCUUGGGUUUGGGAAAGAUGAGAAGUCAAUGAAAGAGUUGAAACUCAAGGAGGUCAAGAACGGUAGACUGGCUAUGCUCGCCAUCCUCGGUUACUUCAUCCAGGGACUAGUGACUGGAGUCGGGCCUUACCAGAACCUGCUUGAUCACUUGGCGGAUCCCGUCAACAACAACGUCUUGACCAGCCUCAAGUUCCACUGAGAUGAUCAUCAUCCCAUGUGUGUUCUAUGUCUCUUGUAUCCUACAAUAUUUCUAUAUUCCGCUACCAUUGGCUUCUUCGUAUUGUAACACCCUGUGUAAACAUAUUCGUGUUUUGUAAGAAAUGACAAUGUCAAUGGCUAAAAAGAAAAACUUUUAGGAUUAUCA